AUGGGUUCUUCAGUCUUUACUAUGAUAGUGGUGGCGGUAUCCUUAGUCGAAGCAAUGUCGCUUGCAAAGUUGGGUGAAGCAAGUGUGAACAUGAUCAGAGCAGCUCCAGAUUUCGUCAGGCGUCCGUCGGAUAAGCAGAAUCAAGAACAGAAUCGAAAAUGGAACCGUCCUGGAAUGCCUGGAACGCCAGAGGGUGAUUGUCGACCAUUUCCCCGCCCAAAUACCGAGUGGCAUCCAACUGGACCACCAGAUCACGCUCAUCCAUCUUGGACACAACCAGCACAGACAAAUGCUCCUCCAGUGCCUCAGCCAAGUACACCAGCAGGACAGUGUCCAGAAAUCUGGCAAACAAUCAUCGCAGAUCUGAGCAAGAGGUUUAUUGGAGCUGAUAGACAAUGUACUGAUGACGCACGAGCGGCUAUCCGCGGAGCAUUCCACGAUUGUGCAACCUGGUCGGAAGACCAGGGCUACAGCGGCGGUUGUGACGGGUCGCUCGUCAACGCCGAUGAAUUCGCUGACCGCAUCGAAAACACCGGACUCGCAGAUUGGUCCGUCAAGGUCAAAGGACUGAAAAUCGCUUAUCCCAGUGUAUCUGUUGCAGAUCUCAUCGCCGUCAGCGCCAGUGUUGCAAUUGUCUCAUGUCCCGGAGGUCCUAGAAUCAAGACAUAUGUUGGAAGAAACGAUAGCAUGACGGGUUCGCAGCGUGGCGCAUUGCCGAGCCCUUUCGCUGACGGCGAGACGAACUAUCAGUUGUUCCUGAAGAAGGGAAUUAACGAGACGGAAUUGGCUGGAUUGAUGGGGGCACAUUCGGUGUCCAAAGCUUUCGGGACAUCGAAAAUUACUGUUGGAGCUGCUCAAGAUACCACCCCAGGAAUAUGGGAUACUACAUAUUACUCUGAAGUCUUCAAGCCAUGUCCAGGCAUGACACCCUUCACGAGCGAUACCAACCUCGCUCAACACCCAAAAGUCGGACCGGAGAUGGCGAAAAUGAUCAACAACAAGGCCAGAUUCGACUUCAUGUUUACCAACGCGAUGGAAAAGAUGAUGAGAAUGGGUGUCCACCAGGAGAAUCUUGUUGAGUGUACGAAUUGGGUUCCCAGGGGAACCAACAGCAGAGAGAUGAGAGGAAAUGCGAUCAACGCGAGGAUCCGCUGA